AUGGACGGCAGCGAACCGCCCUCUCAGCCAGGCGGGUUCUCGUUCCGGACGCUGGAUGAGGCGAGGGACGCACUCAUCGACAUUCAAAAUUCGGGACUGCGUUUCAUGUGGGUCACCAUGGAGAAGAAGUAUCAGGGGGCCAUUGCAACGACCGAAAUACUCGAGCAAGUUCGGUUAGAGAUGAGGCUGGCAGAAUGGCAUCGUGCACUAGAUGAGUUCGAGGGGCAGCUUGCGCGCCGACCGAAAAUUCAGAUCACCCAACAGGCAAGGACAGCCGAAGAGGACAGCCUGAUCAUCCUGCGUCUGCUCUACUACGUCGCGCACAUCUGGCUUUCCAGCUGCCUGUCCUUGAAGGAGACUGCCUUCGACGCCUUCAUCUCCGAGUUCCAGCAGAUUAACGCUCUUUCUGACGGCCUGCUGUCGCGACGUAGAUCGCACGCGUCGUCAUCCUCAGGCUUUUACUCCACCUCGUCCUCAUCCUGUUCCCCCGCUACCGGGGCUUCCUCCGGAACCAUUUCCUUCGACACGGAGCUGGUCGGCCCUUUGUACUUCACCGCCAUCAAAUGUCGCGACCCUGCCACCCGCCGCCAGACGUUCGCGCUGCUGGAACAAUGCAACAUGCGCGAGGCUGCAAUUGACCCACACUGCGCCAGUCAACUCACAGCCGCCAUCAUGCAAAUCGAGGAGGCAGCCAUGCAGCUUGCAGCCCAGUGUGGAGUCACGACCGCAUCCCCAACACACACAGCAGCACCCCAACCAUCAUCAUCAUCCCACGAUACCGAGCCACCUUUGCCGUCGUCGCGUCUCGACACCGCCGCCAUGUUCUCCUCACUGCCGGCAGCACGAGAAAGCACAACCCACCACCGCCAACAUCGUCACGACCAGCAACAACAGCAACAACAGCAGCCACAAUACCACCCCCACCACCACCACCGGCAACAACCCCCAGACCAUCUCCGUCACAAUCACCACAGCCUCCUCCCCCCGGAGCAUGCCCGCAUCACCCACGUCGUCAGCCCACCCACAACGGCCCCGGCCGGUGCUACUACCUCCAUGCCGCCAUCCGAUACGGCGGCCCGGUUGCCGCGCGAGGCUGACCGCCUCGUGGCUUACUACGAGCCGCAGGCCCGCAUGCAGGCGGCGCAGGGGUCUUCGGGCGGGCUGUCGUACAGGAUGGUGGACGGGGGUGGUGGUGGUGGUGAGGGAGAUGCCGAGAUGGGAGGGAGGCACAGGGGCUUUGCUGGUGGCCGUGGCGACGGCGGCGGCGGCGGCGAUGAGAUGGGCCGACGUGGAGGGGGGCAACGUGGUCGUGGUUAUGGUCAUGGUCGUGAGAGACAGGGGCAGGGACAGGCUUUGGGGCAAGGUGAGUGGUGGCCGCAACAAUACCAACAACAACAACAGCAGCAGCAGCAGCAGCAGCAGCAGCAGCAUCUUUAUUACCCAUAUCGUCGUGACCAGCAUUUCCAUGGGUAG